AUGUCUUUUUAAUAAGAUUAAUAAAUAAAUAGUCUAUAAGGAAAUUUAGCAUUUAAAAUUCUCGCAGCAUUAUUAAAAUCAGAAAAAAUAAAUAUAGAAUAACAUGAUAUUUAUAAAUAAAAGUUUGAAAAUUUACAUAAUCUAAUAUCAAAUUCAUUUAAAAAUUAGAAAUAAUAUCCAGUAAUAUUAAAAAAAGUAUAAGCAAAUAUAAUAUGUGCAAAAGAAUAAUUAGAAAUAUAAAGUCAUGCUUAAGAUUUGGUACAAGAUAAGUUAAAAAAUACUUAAAUAUAAUGUAAAAUACAUGAAUAAGAAGAGGAAUGUCUUAAGAAAAGUUUAGAUUAAUAGAAUAAUGAAUUAAAUAAAAUUUAAGCUAUUUUAUUAGAAAAAGUAUUUUUAUAAAUUAAUAUUAAGUAUUAAUAAAAAUAAAGGAAAGUGAUAUAUAAGAAGAUGAAAAAAAUAUAAGAUUUAAAACGCAAGAGUUAGAAAAUAAUUUAAAGUAAUAAUUAGAAAAAUUAAAAGAUGAAAUUUCUAAAAAAGUAAGCAGUAUUGAAAAUGAAAAAAAAUAUUUAAAUGAAUAAAAAAAUAAAAUUGCUUAAAUAUGAACCUAUAAGGUUGUAAAAAAAAUAAGAUAUAAUUGCUUCAGCUAUUAGAUUAAUGCAAAAAGAUUUAGAAUAAUUUUAAGAGGAUAUUUAAAAAAUAAAUAAAUAAAUAUUAGAAUAAUAAUAAGAGAUUUAAAAUUUAAAUUUUAAAGAAGGUGAAAUUAAUACAAAAAAUAUAGAUGAAUUAACAUUCAUUUAAUAGGAAAAAUUAACAAUUAAAUAAUUUAAAGAUGAAAUAAAAAGAUUAAAAACGAAAAUCGAAAUUCAAUAAAGUUUAAGUUAUACAAAUUAAAUUGAAUUGGAUUAAUAAAAAAGAGAAAAUUAACGUAUUUAAGAUUUAGAUGUCACUUUAAGAAAAUAAAUAGAAUUAAUAAAAUACGAAUAUAAACUUGAAGAGAAAUUAAUUAAAUUAAUAAAAGAUAAAAUAUAUGAAAUAGAAAUAUCAAUUGAUAAAAUACAAAGGUUAAAACAAUAAAUAAAUUGUGAAAUUACAUAACUUUAAGAUAAUUAAGAAAAUAUUGGAAUUGGCAAUAAAUUAAUUUAAUAUAAAGUCAUUUAAAUAAGAAAAUUAUUUACUGAUAAAAACUAAUAAAAAGCUUAUAUUGAGUAAUAAAUAAGAGAACUAGAAACUUAAUUUUAAACUUAAAGAUAAUUGGAAUAAUUUACUUUAAAGAAAAUAAAAAACCUUACAAAUUUAAGAGAAUCUAUGUCUAGAAAAGCCUCUUAAGCGUGUUUUGAAGUCAGACAAUCUCGAGAGGAAUUAAAAAUGUUAGAAUUAACUAUAAUUAAUUUAUCUAAAAGAUAUUAAGAAGAACAAAUUUAAUUAAAUGGAAUAAAAGAACUCUACGAAGAAGCAAAAAAGUCAAGAAAUACGUUUGUAAUUAUGAUACAGAAUUCUUUUUAGAACUUAGCCGAAUUAAAGGAAAGAAUUAAAAUUACUCAAAAUGAAAUCGAAAUAUUAAAAAAUGAGGCUUUAGAGAAAGAAUAGAGUAAGGUUUAAUUUGAAAUUUCUUUAAAGGUUUAAAUAAAUUUAAGAGAUAGGCAAAACUUUUAAUUAAAUAGAUUUUAAUAUAAAAGAAAAACAAGUAGGCAAUUUGUAGAUUAAAAUGUAAGCGAAAUUGAAAAACUAAAUAUGAUUUUUUAAGGGCUUGAUAUGUAAAUUAAAUCCGUUACUAGAAAAUUCGAAUUAUGUUAAUAGGCGAGAAAUUAUUUGGGAAUUUAGCUUAUUGAUAGAAAUGAUGAAUUAUGUAUUUUUUAUGAAAAAUCGAAUAUUUUUGAAAAAAUUAUAAUAAAUGGCGAAAAUCUAAUUAAAUAAUAAGAAGAUGAUAUACGUAUGAUAAAUAUAAAUAUAUAAGAAAAAUAAAGGCAAGUUUAUUUAGUUUAAAAAUAAAUUUAAACCGUUCCUGUAUUGGCUUAAUAAAUAAUGUAAUAUAAAUUAGAUUUAAAUUAAAAUAAAAAAUAUUAUUUUGAGCUUUCUUAGAAAUUAGAAAAUCCGGAAAAUGUAGAAAGAUGGAGAGAUUUAGGCGGACAAGAUUUAGAUGAUGAGUAGUUAGAAGCUAAAAUAUAAAUAUUAGAUGAAAGAUUAAAUAAAAAAAAGGAAUAAAUAAUUGAAAAAGACCUAGUAUUAGAAGAAAUAACGAAUAUUUCGAAUGAAUUAAGGGAUUAAUUAGUCAAUAAUAGACAAAAUACACUAGAAACAAGUGAAAAAUUAAAUAAUUAUGAAAUUAAAAUGAAGAAAAUUACUAGAUAAAUGAUGUCUACAAUUGCAGAGCUAUCAGUAUAUUAAGCUACAAUAGUAAAACUAUUAAAAGAAAGAGAAGAUUUAGCAAAAAUAGUAAAUGAAGCUAUUGAAAAGGAAAACAAUAAAGAACCACCAACAAUAGAAUGUGAAUUAGAAUAUUAAAAAAUUCUAAGAAGUUAAUUAAAAUAUCAUGAAGAAAGAAAAAUAAGACUAGAAAAAAAUGAAAUAGAAAAAUAAAUACCACCUUUUGUUACAAAAACUACAGCUUAACACAGAUAUGUUUCAUAUAUAGACUCUUAAGAUGAUGUGGGAUUGCCAAAAUCUUAUGGAUAAUAUGCACCAUUUAAGCCAUCUGUUAUUAUUAAUGCGAAUAUGUAUUAUAAGAAACCGAUAAUUAAAGAUGUUGUUAUAUGA